CUGUAGUAUAUCUCGUACCAUGGAUAUUUUGGGCUGGCUACUGAUAUACGUGGGCUCAUCUACUCUGGCUACAGGACUAAGCAGUAUGGUCAGAACUGGGUCUCACUGUGAAAGGGCUUGCAAUCCUCGGAUGGGUAACAUCGCCAUUGGCAGGAACUUAUGGACAGAAACAACAUGUGGGCAUAAUAACACUGAACUGUACUGCACAUAUAGCGAGAAUCCGGACCAGACCUGCAGACAACCAAAGUGUGACAAAUGCAAUGCCGCGCUCCCACGGCUUUCCCACCCACCUUCAGCCAUGGCAGACUCGACGUUCAAAAUACCCCGCACUUGGUGGCAGUCGGCCAGGGAUACUCAGCGGGAGAUCAUACAGCUGGAUCUGGAAACUAAGUUUUACUUCACUCAUUUGAUCAUGGUGUUCAAGUCUCCUAGGCCUGCUGCCAUGAUUCUGGAGAGGUCUCAAGAUUUUGGCCUUUCCUGGCGACCAUACAAAUUCUUCUCCACAAACUGUUCUGCCACCUUUGAGCUUGCAGAUGAUGUUACAGAAAGAGGAGCUCUUUGCACCUCCCGAUACUCCCAGCCUUUUCCAUGUAGUGGAGGAGAGGUUAUAUACCGAGCGAUGUCCGCUCCUUACGCCUUUGAAGAUCCUUACAGUGAAGAGGCACAAGACCAACUGAUGAUCACCAACUUACGAGUCCAACUUCUGAAGCAGCAGACAUGUCCAUGCCAGACCAAGGAUCCUGAAGUUAAACCUCAGUACUUGGCACACUAUGCCGUCUAUGAUUUUAUCGUUAAGGGCAGUUGCUUUUGCAACGGGCACGCAGAUCACUGUGUACCAACAGAGGGAUUUCGCCAAGUCAGAAUGAUUAGCAAACUGCAAGUGGUCCAUGGACGAUGCAUCUGCAAGCACAAUACUGCAGGCCCUAACUGUGAGCGCUGCGCUCCCCUUUACAAUGACCAGCCAUGGCAAGCUGCAGAUGGGAAAACUGGGGCUCCCAACGUGUGCCGAAAGUGUAAAUGCAAUGAUCAUGCUGACAGUUGUCACUUUAGUGUGGAUUUAUGGCUGGCAUCGGGAAACCGCAGUGGAGGAGUGUGUGAUAAUUGCCAACAUAACACAGAAGGAAUAAACUGCCAGAGAUGUAAACCAGGCUUCUUCCGGGAUAUGGAAAUUCCUUUCUCUUCACCAGAUGCCUGUAAAGAAUGUUCCUGUCACCCUGUUGGAUCUGCAGUGCUCCCCGAUAGCUCCUACACAUACUGUGACCCCAACAACGGAGACUGCCCGUGCAAACCAGGUGUAGCUGGACCUCAUUGUGAUCAAUGUAUGGUUGGAUACUGGGGAUUUGGAGAAUAUGGCUGUAGACCAUGUGACUGUGCUGGAAGCUGCGACCCUCUCACCGGAGACUGCAUUACCAACACUGAAAUCAACUGGUAUCGUGAGUUUCCUGAUUUUCACAACGAGAGUGGGAAUGAGAAACAUUGGGAAUGGGAAGAUGAACGGACAUUUUCUGCACUUCGACACUCAGGAAAGUGUGAAUGCAAGGAGCAGAUAUUAGGAAAUCCCAAAAUGUUUUGUGGCAUGAAAUAUUCUUAUGUGUUAAAAAUAAAGAUUUUGUCAGCUCAUGACAGAGGCUCUCAUGCUGAAGUUAAUGUAAAGAUCAAGAAGGUCUUAAAAAUGACGAAGCUGAAGAUUGUCCGUGGGAAGAGAAUCCUGUAUCCGGAGUCCUGGACCAAUAGAGGUUGCACGUGUCCCAUUCUUAAUCCUGGGUUGGAGUAUCUUGUGGCUGGUUACGAAGACACAAGGACUGGUCACCUCAUUGUCAACAUGAAAAGUUUUGUCCAGCCUUGGAGACCAGCUCUUGGCAGGAAGGUAGUGGAGAUUUUGAAGAAGGACUGCAAGUGAGCUGGAAGAAGAAGACACAUUACAUUUCAUAAUGCACUAAACACACAUGAAAAAUAAGGGAGAUCCCUGUAGUUGGAAGUUGCUACUUUGGACACAGGCAUGCACAAGAGACUUGCGAAGAAAACAUAUUGCAACAUUCUGCUGUUCGCUGGAUUACGUUCCAAAUAGUUGUAUCCUGCACAGCCAGGCGCAUACGAACUAGACAGUCGUCAUUGCAGAUGUUUAGAAGCAUAAACAUUUAUGAAAUUGUACUUGUUUAAAAAAAACAAAAAUGGCCGAUAUACCACAUGUGGACUUUAAUAUUGUUUAUAUGGGAGUCCUUACUACCUGUUAUAUUUAAAAGAAAAAAAAACAUUUUUGAAGGUACAGCAAUAAGUAUACUGAGGAAGUGUUCUAGCUGUCUUUCCUGAAAUGUAAAUCUUACAGUUGUAAGAAGCACUUUACUUAACAAUUUAUAUUGUGAAUAUUUCUUCCUUUUUAUGACAAAGCAAGACUUUUGAAAAGUUAAAAACCAUGAAAAAGCACUCCAUGGACACCUUAAAGCAAGUGUAUUAUACUGUUUUUUAUGUUUAUUUGUUGUUUUUAAAGCUGUAUUUAUAAAAGAGAUACAUACAUAGCUAUAAAGUGUAAAGCAUAA